ACUGUGUGAGUGUAUGUAUGUAUGUAUGUGUGCGAUGUGUGUAGUGUGUGUACAUGCAUGACAAUUAGAAUUUCCUCCAUCUAUCCCCUAUGAAUAUAAUCAAACUACACAUUCCGUAGUGAUUAUUCACUUGUGGGUGGGAACAAGUAUGUUUACUUACUGCUACUAUACCACGACCUAUUGCUGUAUUAAUAUCUAUCAUGUACGUAUAUGUAUGUAUACAUUAUGUACCUGCAAUCUUGUACUUUUUACAGUUACUGGAGCUACCGGAGCAAUGACAUUCAUAUUGUUGACCUCCAACCUCUGUCGCUGAUGAAACAUUUUCAGACACAACUAGUUCAUCACUUGUCUCAUCUUGAACUUUAAUACACUC